UUAUUGGCUGCCCGUCAUUAAUUGUCAGUGUGACGUUCAGGAACUGCAACGGAAAUUUUGACCGUAGAAUUUUUGUCGUUUUAUUUUUUAAUCGGUUGUGGAGACUAUUCACUAAUAGUUUUAAUAGUUUUGGUGCCUAGUUUAAAUAUAAUAGGCCCUUGAAAUAUCAAAUCAAUUUUUUGUUCUUCACCUAUCAGUGACCCUGUUGCACGUUUCUAACUUCCAGAAAAAUGGGAGACGAGAACAGGAUCCGUUCGUUUAAAAACAAGGGAAAAGACUGUGAAGAAAUGCGCCGCCGACGGGCCGGCCAGACCAUCGAACUGCGGAAAGCAAAAAAGGAAGACCAGUUGUUGAAGAGGCGCAACAUAUCGUUGCAAGAAGAGGCCUCAACUCCCCUUCAGGAGAACAACUCCGUGUCGCUGAUCACCAUGUCUGCCGAAGAAAUCUUGAUGGGUAAUAACCCCACUCCCGACUUGCCCCAUUUUAAUGACCUGAUAACAGGAAUGAUGAGCCCUGACGAGAACCUCCAGUUUAAGGCCACCCAAGCCUGCCGCAAAAUGCUCAGCCGCGAGCGGAACCCCCCAAUCGACCACAUGAUCCGCUUGGGGGUUGUCCCGCGAUGCGUCGAGUUCCUGGGCAAGACCCACAACCCAUCGCUGGUGUUUGAGGCUUGCUGGGCCCUCACGAACAUCGCGUCUGGCACUUCCGAGCAGACCGCAGCCGUGGUCCAGGAGGGCGCCCUUCCUAAGCUCCAACAGCUGCUCUCCUCAAACCGCAUCGACGUCGUGGAGCAGGCCAUCUGGGCGAUUGGUAACAUUGCAGGUGAUGGGCCCGAGAGCCGCGAUUUGGUGCUCAACUACGGCGUUUUGCCCAGUCUUAUCAACUUAAUCAAACCAAACACUACCUUGUCCUUGUUACGCAAUACUGUGUGGGUUAUUUCUAAUCUUUGCCGCAAUAAAAAUCCGUACCCCGAUUUUGAGUUAGUCAAGCCGGCUUUACCCGUCUUGGCGAGACUUUUGUCGCAUGACGAUAAGGAUGUUUUGGCCGACACGUGCUGGGCUUUGAGUUAUUUAACCGAUGGUAGCAAUGAGAAAAUUCAAGCGGUGCUUGACACCGGUUUAAUUGACCGCCUAGUUAUGCUUUUGUAUAGUGAGGAAAGUACCGUCCUAACUCCGGCCUUGAGGGCCGUUGGUAACAUUGUGACCGGAAACGACCAUCAGACUGAUAUGGUGAUCAAUGCCGGGGCUUUAGAUUGUAUGAUCCGUUUAUUGCAACACAGUAGACUGAACAUUGUCAAAGAAGCUGCCUGGACAGUUUCAAACAUUACUGCCGGAAAUAGUGAGCAAAUCCAAAAAGUCCUAGAUGCCGGGAUUUUGCCUUAUCUUCUUCACGUCCUACAAACCGGCGACUUUAAAUCGCAAAAAGAGGCAGCUUGGGCUGUUACUAAUUUCACAAGUGGCGGGAAUUCCGCCCAAUUGGCGCAACUUGUGGAAAUGGGGGCGUUGAAACCCAUGUGUAAUCUCCUGAAUUCCAAAGAUAGCAAGACUAUUAUCGUGGUGUUGGAGGGAUUGAAUAACAUUUUAUCGGCCGCUGCCAAGUUAAAUCAAGCCGAGAAAGUGGCCAUAAUGAUUGAGGAGUGUGGCGGUUUGGACGGUAUUGAGGCCUUGCAAAGUCACGACAAUGAGAAAGUCUACGAACGGGCUUUGCACAUUAUCGAGAAUUAUUUCGCCGAUGGUGAGGAGGGAGUCACUGUUACUGUAGCAAAUGGGGAGAUUCAGUUCGCUACUCCUAAUAUGGCCGAUCAACAACAAUCACCCUUUUCCUUCUAAGUUUCAACCGAUGCGUUUAGUUCAUUCCUUAUUGUGUUAGUGACACGUUUUGUAUUUUUAUAGUCUGUAUUACGAUAUGUUCCCAGUUUUCGAAAUAAAAAUUAUGUUAAACCUUGAAA